AUGCAGCAAGAUGUCCCGUCGAAACCCGUCAGAACACGAUUUCUCAUUGCAAACCAAGUCCACACGGUCUUUCAGUAUGAACGGGACAUCAAUUGGCGGGAAAACAUCCCUCGAUGCCGGUACCAAUUCCACUCCCACUCGGCGCAGCUCGCAACUGACCCUGAGGCAGCCGACUACGAUCCCAUCGACCACCUAAAUCACCUCUUUCCGCACCCGUCAACCGUAACCUCAAUAAGCCACGUUUCCGAUACACUGCAAACCCACAAGAAUGAUCUUGCCGUCGAAAUUUCCGACCUCGAGGUCGCCCAGGCCUACGGACCCGAUUCGAGCCUCGAGCGCAUGCAGUCUGCCCAAGCCGAGCUCGCCCAGCUCUUCCGUAAGAUCGAGACUGUACGAUCGCGAGCGAUCCAGACCGAGCAGAACAUCACUUCGAUGACGGCCGAUAUCAAACGACUUGACGGCACGAAACGGAACCUCACCCUGAGCAUGACGGCUCUCAAGCGGCUUCAGAUGUUGACGACGGCAUACGAACAGCUGAGAGGCUUGGCCAAGACGAGACAAUACAGGGACUGUGCGAGCCUAUUGCAAGCUGUGCUGCAACUUAUGAAACACUUCAACAGCUACAGGAGUAUUGAACAGAUCGCCACGCUGAGCAGGGGUGUCUCAGAAUUGCAGCGGGAAUUGCUGGAACAGGUCUGCGAAGACUUUGAGAUCGCAUUUGCAAAGGGAGAGGUCACGCAGCGCAGGGGAACACUGGUGGAGGCCUGUCUGGUCAUGGACGCCUUAGGCGACAUGGCCAGGACGCGAUUGAUGAACUGGUACGUCAACACAGAACUGCGCGAGUAUCGCCAGGUGUUCAGGGGCAACGACGAGGCCGGGAACCUGGACAACAUCGGCCGCAGGUAUGCGUGGUUCAAACGCAUGCUCAAAACCCACGAGGACGAGCACGCCGCCAUCUUCCCUCCCCACUGGCGUGCGAACGAGCUACUGGCCAUGGCUUUCUGCGACGGCACUCGAGACGACUUCAAGGGUAUUCUCGAGAGAAGUAUGCGUAAGACGGAUGGGCAAAAGAUUGACGUCAACCUUCUCCUGAGCUGUUUACAGGAAACUUUGGACUUUGAGCACGGUCUUGAGAGGCGCUUUGCCAACGAACCGCGCGCCAGCAUCGACACACUGAGCUCAUCCGAUGACAGAGCAUCAAAUUUCCACGGUUCUAUAUCGACUGCCUUUGAGCCGUACCUGAGUUUGUGGGUGGAGUCGCAAGACAAGCAACUUGCUGCAAUGAUACCAAAAUACCGGAACCAACCUCUGCUGCCGGAAGACGAUGAAUUUUCCACGCAAGCCGUCAUUUCCUCAGCUAUUGAGCUUUUCCACUUUUACAAACUCACACUAUCGCAAUGCGCCAAAUUGUCUACGAGCGACAGGUUGUUGGACCUUUCCAAAACGCUGGCAAAAUACCUUGACGAAUAUGCACAGCAAGUCCUUUUGCAUAUCCUGCAAAGGGCUGGACCUCAAGGUCCGCCUGUUCAAGAUGUCAUUUUGGUGUUGAACACGGCAGAUUUCUGGUCUACAAAUACUACCCAGUUGGAGGAAAAUAUCAAAAAACGCAUCGACAAUGAGCUUGUUGGAAAAGUCGACCUGUCAUCACAGGCUGACGCCUUCCUUGGUGUGGCCAGCGCUGCUGUGCUGACACUCGUACGCAAUGUCGAGAUCGCCUGCGAGGGAUCUUGGCGUGAGAUGCGCAACACAGGCUGGAGCACCAUGGAGACUGUGGGCGAUCAAAGCUCAUACGUUGGCGAGCUUCUUUCUUCUGUGAAUGGCAAAGCCGAGGAGAUCCUAGGCCUUGUGGUCAAACAGCAGUACGCUAGAGCAUUUUGCGAUAACCUAGUGGACCAUCUCGUGAACGCCUACAUUAGCAACAUUGUACAAUGCCGUCCGGUUUCCGAGGUCGGCGCUGAACAGAUGUUGCUUGACAAGUACGUUUUGACCAAAGCAUUCGAGAACCUCUUGUCGUAUCACAACAAGUCAUCGUCAACACCGCACACAGCACCGGCGGGCUAUGUAAAGCGAGUGAACCAGACAAUGAACCGUAUAGACCCUCUCCUCAAGACAUUACAAGUCCGCCCUUCGCCGCCAGAGGGCUUGGUCCAAGCAUACCUGAUCCACAUCGCCGAUCGCUCCGACACCAACUUUAGAAAGAUUCUCGACCUAAAGGGCGUCCGCAAGGCCGAUCAGGGCCACCUUGUGGAAUUAUUCGGCAUCCACCGCGAGGGCAACCUCAGCGACAAGCUCGUCCAGCAAUCUCCGCUGCUGACGCCGUUGAUGGCGACCACGGGGCUCAGCAGUUCCGGCCUCGGGGCCAUCAACGCGAGCACCGCUCUUACGAGCGCCAGCAGCGCUAUGCCCGGGCUACCGAGCAAGUUUGACGCAACCUCGUUGGGCGAGAAGCUUCUGAGCGCGGCGAGGGACCUGGGACAGGGAACCGGUCCGGGGGGCAUCGCGGGUACGGAGAAGGCGACCAUGAACGAGAACCUCAAGAACUUUGGCAAGUUCUUCCGGAGGGACCUUGGAGGGUUUGGCGCGAGGUUUGGAAAGAGAGAUGAAAGUGCUGAUGGACACCGGUGA